AUGGUUCCAAGCGACAAGAUCUCGAGUGAUACCCACCAGAACUCUCCUGCUGAGAAAACGGCGGCUAUAGUUAAACUGACCCCUAAGAACAGUGUGGCUAAGCUAUCAAAUCAUAACGAAGAUGCACAAGGCAUUGGAGGCUCAGAACAGCCUUUUUCAAUCCUCUCUCUCACAACUCUGCUACCACUUACAGGGAGUAUGUACUAUCCUGUAAUUACGAUGUUUGUGACAGACUUAAAUGUUUCUAUAAGGUUUGCUCCGUCUUUUAUCGGGAAUUUAUCUGAUGAGACUGGCCGUAGACCCUCUCUCAUCAUUUGCUUCGUUGUAUAUUUUGCCGCUUGUAUAGGUGCUGUGGUGAAAGGGGAUUAUGCCCUAUUAAUGUGUUGUCUUCAGAGUGCAGGGAGCAGCGCGGAACGAGGACGCCCUACGUCGUACGUACAGAUGUGCUAUAUGGUUGGGCCAGCUUUUGGACCGUUCAUCACCAUCUUUGCCUCGGUGGUAUUCAUAGUCCUAUUAAUAUUUCUACCAGAGACUAGCCGGAAGAUAGUCGACAUAGGUUCCAUUCCAGCUCAAACUUGGAAUGUGCCACUGUUCACCUACCUAUGUACUCGCAUAGCAGUGCAAGACCAACAACGGCUCGCCAGCCCCUUGCAUUCCCUGAAACUAUUUCUUAACAAUAGAACGUCUGUCCUACUACUGCAUAGCGGCCUCAUUUACGCAAGCUCCUACACGGUGCUCUCGAACAUGCCCGAUCAAUUACAAGAGAAAUACGGACUAGGGACCCUACAUAACCUCUGCUACUUUGCCCCAGGCAUUGGAGCUAUGCCAUCCAUACUCGUCGUGGGACGCCUCCCAGAUUGGUAUUUUCGUCGGUAUGCCAAGCGCUUUGGGUUAGAACUGAACAAGGACAAACUACAAGAUCUCACAGAUAUUUCCAUCAAAAUUGCCCGCCUCCAAGUUUGCCUUCCUUUACUCUUAUUUACUGGAAUCAGCUUGAUAGCAUACGGAUGGACCAUGCAAGCUCGUACGCCCUUGGCUACACUCAUGAUAUUUCUUUUUUUACAAUCAUUCGGCAGCUCGAGCGCGUUCUUGGGGUUUAGCAAUCUGAUUAUCGAUUUGGAUGUAGGUCGUUGCUAG